AUGCGGUACUAUAUUUCCGUCUUGGCAACUCACCUCACUGUGAGCCAAGAGUUCAAUUCGUUUCUAACUGCCUUUCUCCCAAUGGCUAUGGAGUCUGUGGCCUUUUUUAACUCACUUCUCACUCUAACUUUGGGUCACAUGUCCCUUAGCGAUGAAACCUACAAGGUGGCCGCGCUCGAGACGAGGUCCACUGCCAUACGCAACCUUGCUGCGGCUCUCAACAAUCCAUCCGAUCGGUUCGCUUGCCACGAGACAAACGCCGCAGCCUGCCUGGCUUUCUUGAUAUACGAGGCUGGUGUAGGCGAUUGUAGAGCCUGGUAUACUCAUCUCAAGGGCACCCAUCACGUCAUCGUAUCGGCAUCAGAAUAUUCCGGUGGAAAGCAAGUCGGCGGCCCAGAAGCCCUCAAGAACAGCAUCGAAGGCCAGUGGGUCCUACGCAACUUUGCUUAUCACGACAUCAUUGGAAGCAUUACAUUGCGGAAGAAGCCGUUACUAAACAGCGACUACCUUGUUGGCAUUACCGACGUCGUGGAUAGUUGUCUAGGUGUCGCUGCUGGAUUGCUGCACAUCAUCGCCCGAAUAAGCUGCCUUGAACAAGAGACAGAAUCCCUGGGCCCUCUACUAGAUGAUCAAGCCAACGCAAGACAACAGUACUUCCGAAGUACAUACACGCAGCUCGAGCAGGAGUUACUUAGUUGGCGUUGCCACACCGAGGUCAGCCUUGGGCUUGAAGCGUUGGCUUUUGCCUAUCGAAAUGCCGCGCUAAUCAUGCUCUACCGGCUUAUGCGUCGCCGCCUUAGGACUGACCAUCUUCUGAUCCUCGAAAAUGAUCCAGGGAUAGAUGCCAUCACCGUUAUAGAGGCCAAGAUUCAGGCGCAAGUCGUUGAUACCCUUGGAUACAUUUCCCAAAUUCCGGUCGGAACACCACCAGAGUCAGCACUUUUAUUCCCGGUCUUUAUUGUCGGCGGAGAGGCUCUACAGCAAGAUGAAAUUGAUCCGAUCCGUACACGGCUGCAACUGAUGGCGAAAAAACGACAGUUUCGGAAUCUUUCGCAUGCCCGGGAGGUCCUGGAGGAUCUCUGGGAUCUGCGCAAGACUCGUCACGGGGCAAACGCCGACUGGACGCAAAUCUUGGAUGCGUCCGGCGAAGGCUUGUUGUUGACAUGA